GUCUGAUUUGUGAAAUGAUAGGAAAACCCGUAACCUGUUCAAAAAGCUUCGAUGGACGCGGAUUUCCUUUGUGUUGCAUCAAAGCUGCCUGGGCAUGCACGUGAACAAUGCCGUGUGCUUCACCAGGUGUCAGCAAUCACCACCAUCAUCAUACGACGAGCCACACACAUCUGCGCCAAGGCCACAGCACAACGACAAUAACAUGCCACACCUCCCAUGUCAUGGUUUCAAAGGUCGAGUAAAGCACUAGAAGAGGACACUUGUGCAAAGAGGGAGCGGGCCUGCUGUUGCUCGCACAACCAAGCGAGCCAAGCGUGGCCCACCACCUUCUUUAUCCGUGUUGCAGAUACGACCCUGUGAGGAUCGACCCAUAAG